AUGAACAGCUAUUACCAUUUAGGCAAAAAAUGCCCAUUUCGCCAAUUUAUCCCACAAAAACCUGAUAAAUAUGGUUUAAAGUUCUGGUUAUGUGUUGAUGUACAAUCAUGUUAUGUAUUGAAUGCAUUUCCUUAUAUUGGACGACAACCAAAUCAAGCAAGACAAACUCAAAUAGGUACCGGUGUCGUUUUAGAAUUGCUUAGACCAUUAUAUGGUUCAAAUAGAAAUGUUACAAUUGAUAAUUUCUUUACAAGUAUUCAAUUAGCCAAAGAGCUUCAAAUGAAGAAUCUGACUCUUAUAGGAACAUUUCGAAAAAAUAAACCAGAAAUACCUAUAGAAUUCCAGUCAAAUAGAAAACGUGAAAUUGGUUCUUCGCUCUUUGGUUUUUAUGACGGCCUAACUUUAGUUUCAUUCGUACCCAAACAAAAUAAAGCUGUGUUACUACUUUCUUCAAAACAUCAUGACAGUAAGAUUGAUAUAAAAACUGGAAAACCAAUUAUUAUUUUGUAUUAUAAUAAAACAAAAGGAGCUGUCGAUACUGUUGGUCAAAUGUGUCAUAAAUAUACGGUCAAAAGAGGUACAAAGAGGUGGCCUCUUUGUGUCUUUUAUGGGAUGAUAGACAUGGCGGCUAUAAAUGCUCUAAUCAUAUGGAAGGCGAAGAAUCCUCAAUGGAAUCAAAAUAAAAAAUAUCAACGUCGAUUAUUCCUGGAAGAAUUGGGCCUUAGCUUAGUGUCAGAACUUUUGGAUUUUCGGUCAAAAACGUCGAAAUUUCUGAAUACAGAUAUUGAAGAUGCAUUAGCUAUUGUUGGUUAUCCUAUAGUGAAGAAUGUACAAGAACUGAUUGAAAAUUCUACUCAAUCAAAACGAAAACGAUGUUCGAUUUGUGAAACCUCCAAGGACAGAAAAACUUCACUUCAAUGUUGUCGUUGUUCCGAAUUUGUUUGUAAUGAACAUUCUGUAAAAGUCAUCUAUUGUACCAACUGUUCAAAUAAAAAGAGAAGAUCAUGUUAA